AAUCGUAUCAUAAUUCGCAUGAACCAUGAACAACGAUGAUCGGGUGCUGUCAAUCCCACUGAAGAAGACUGAUCCGGUGGAGCUGUACCUGCCGUUACGUAAGUUGGUAGUCUCAAAAUACUCGGAGAACGAUGCACAAAAAGUUGAAAGCGUUCUCGAAACCCUAAACAAAUGCCGUAGGGACAUGGUGGAGCGUAGAGGGGACCUCUCCCUUCCCAUGCAACGUGACUGCCUCAUCCACUACUUCAAAUGCCUUUCCAUGGUUGAGCUACUCUUCACCUCUAUCUCCUCCGACGCCGACGUGGAUCCCGUCAUCUUUGUCUGGUACGACGCCUUCAACCCUGACCAUCAGGAUGGAGUCUCCUCAGAGCGCAACGCCAUCCAAUUGGAGAAGGCCGCCGUUGUCUUCAACCUUGGAGCCAUAUGCAGCCAGAUUGCUGCCUCUUGCGACCGUACCACCGCCCUUGGCCGUCACCUUGCUAUGGAAGCCUUCAAAGUUGCCGCCAAUUUCUUCUUGAAACUCUGGAAGGUUUUUGCCAAUGGCGUGGUCUCCGCCACCCUCGAUUUGACUCGCCGCUUCGCGAAGUUUCUGCACCUCCUCUUCUCCGCUCAGGCUUUCGAGCUCGAAUUAGGGGAAGAACUCAACAACAAGGGCGGCAGUUACCGUCUCCAACAACACCGAUGUGCCCUAUUUUUUAGAUCGGUUUAUAAGCUUUAUCGUAGAGCAUAUGAACUGAUACCUGCUGAUUCGGCUGCAUGGAACUAUGUCAACUCUUUUGACCAAACCUGGGUACCUCAUCUUUGCCAGAAGGCGACAUUCUUUGAGGCGGAGGCUCGUCAGUGGAAAUCAUCCAUCCUACCCAAAUCCAAGCGACCUUUCCCUGAAGCAUACGAGUCAAGGGUCCAAUCUUGUGCUAUUGAUCAAGCAGAAUGUGUCACUGAGACAUUAGUUAGCGGGAUUUGCAGCCUCUCGAGGAAACUCAAGCCACCACAAAUAUACGUUGACCUCAUCCUCUCGGAGUACAAUCCUUUCAAGAUUACGAAGGAUGGAAAGCUGGUGGCUUACCCAUGGGACAUGCCUCCUCCUUAUCCAACAAAUUCGGCAAUCCUCUCGUCUCCAUUGCCUUCUUCGCGGGCCUCAGAAAUUCUUGCAUUCAUUCCUUUGAAGAAGAGUGAGCCCUUGAAUGAUCUCUAUGAGUCCCUGCGCAGUUACUUUGUCCUCAAAUACUCUGAGAGCGUGGCAAAAAGAGUAGAAGGCUUUCUCGAAAUGCUACACAAAUUGCGCAAUGAGAUGCUGCGUGAUGACCUUUCUCUACCCUUUCGCCGUGACUGCCUCGUCCUUUAUUUCAAAUGCCUUUGCAUGAUUGAGCCUUUCUUUCCUAUGAAAGCCUCACCCAACCCACCUGUCUUUGUUUGGUACAAUGCCAUCAGCCCUCAACAUCACUCUUCUCAGCAUAACAUCCAUUUGGAGAAGGCCUCUGUUCUCUUUAACCUGGGAGCCCUCUGCAUCCACAUUGCUCUCUCCUGCGAUCAAAGCACCAUCCAUGGCUAUCGCCUUGCCAAGGACGCCUUAAAGGAUGCUUUUUAUUGGAACGAUAAACUGAGGAGGGAGUCUAAGCGGGCAUCUGGCACGAUUGACUUGUCCGGACAAUACUUCGAUGUGAUACAAGAUGAGAUUCACAAUGAGUUUGCCCACUUGAAAAGGAAGUUUCAUCGUCAUGAUGUGUCUUCAUUACCUGAUUCAGCUAAUAUGUCGAGAGAUGGGCCUUUAGCUAAUUAUGAUCCGAGUGAUGUCACCGAACAAUUUCUUUUAGGGUAUUGUAAGGCUCACUCCCUGCUUCAUUUUGGGGCUGACUCUCUGCCUCAUGGGGUAUGUGAAGCACAAUGCUUGGACCUUCUCUCUGAGUUUAGCCCUGUCAAGAUUAAGGAUGGAAAUCUUGUGGCCAAUGCAAUCUUAGAGGCACCAAAUUUGGCAUUGGAGAACAUGAGCUUGCAGGAGACGACACAACAGUAACAUUACUGUAGAGAAAAGCUUUAGGAAUUAUCUUAUUUUCUUUUUUAAAUUGGAGGUUGGAACUUUGUUGGUUGAAAUAUUAUCCUCGUGAUUUUGUUGCUUGGUUUAUGAAUAUAUUCCUUCUUAUUCAACCCCAAUUUGUAGUGAUUUGUAUGACUGUGAUCUGAUCUCGUACCUAUUGCUAGUUAUCGUUGCAUAUUGGUAAAUUGAACUUAUUCGGUGUUUCCAAUUUCCAUCAAUGCCUAAUAAUUAAGCAAAUAA